AACACAGAUACAUCUCUCUCUCUCUCACACACACACACACACACACAGAAGGAGAUGGCGAAGAAUCAAGCAGCAGAUAGAAAAAGAAGUAAAGGGAGAUCAAAACUGGGUGAUAAUAAAAAGAGUAUUAAGACGAAGAGCAAGUUUAAUGGUAGCAAUGGAUCUGGCAAUAGCAAGGAUGAGGAUGACCCAGAAGUUUUGGUAGUUCCGUCUUCGAGUGCCGAUUCAGAAGACAACGAAAACGAAACCGAAGUGGAAGAAGAAAUUGUUGAGGAAGAUGAAGAAGAAGCAGAGGCAAAGAGCAGUAACGUUACGAAUGAGCGAAGCAUCAACAAGAAAGAGGGAACGAAGAAGAAAGAGAAGAAUUCGAAGAAAGAGGAAGAGAAUUCGAGUAGUUCCUUAUAUAACAUUCCGAUGAAUCGUGUCAGUCGUAUUAUUAAGAGUGAAUAUUCCAAUAUUCGUAUCACUCACGAGGCCGUUUUCCUCAUCAACAAAGCUUCGGAGAAGUUUCUUGAAUUAUUUUGUAAGGAGGGCUAUGCUUGUUCUUUUCUGGAUCACAAACGUCAUGUCAGUUACAAACACCUAUCGUCGGUGGUUUCUAAACGGAGGAGAUUCGACUUUCUUUCAGAUUUUGUUCCUGAGAAAGUGAAAGCUGAGGAUGCAUUAGCGGAGAUUUCAUCCCAACAUAACCAGGCUGAGACCUAGAGAUGACUAUUCUACACUUUCCUCAUUUGAACAACUUGGAUAGUGGGGCUUCCAUGUGCUAAUUUUGCAGUUUGCUUACUUGGAAGAGGUUGGAGCCAUCUUUUGUGCAUCUCUUACUAAAAAUGCACAUUUAGCAUAUGAUGACCAUAUAUAUUCUGCUUAUGUAUGUGGUGUACUCAUAAAAGAAAGUUGAAUUGUUGGACAAACAUGUAGAGUUAACGUGGAGGCAUAUGGGAACCAUUCCAUUUAGCCUCUUUGGUAUCUAUUUCUACUAAUUAACUAACCCACUGGAGCAAGUCUCUGUGUAGUUGUAUUUUGGGUUAAUAAGGUUUUAGCACAAAGUUUCUGGAUUCAAAGUGGUA